UAAAAGACGGCCCGAAGGCAGAGAGAGAGAGGACUGAGAGGGGCGGAGUUGAGAGUCUGAGAUGGCGAGAGUAGAAGUACUGAGCGCGUACAGAGCGGUGAUACGAGCGACGCGGAAGUCGUUCGCCGGAGACACGCCGAUGCUGAAGGGUGCGGCGGCGGAGGUUCGCAAGAAGUUCGAAGAGAAUAGGCACGUGACGUCAGAGGCGGAGAUCCAGAGUCUCCUGGAACAGGCACGUGAGGCCUCCCGUUUCAUCAGCGAAAUGAUCGUCCAGGCCAAGCUCAAUCCCCACGGCGGUUACGAAGUGAAGCCGGAAAAAGAUCAUGCCGGAGCAACACUUGAGGUUCCUUCCGAAGAGCUUCUUCGCACCAAAUCUUGACUCGAGGAGAGGCAUUUGCAAAGGUAUGGCGGCACGCUCACUGCUUUUUUUCAGGGUUCGGGUGCUUUGGGGGGUUUUUCUCCAUUCGAUUGUCUACCAAGUUUUCAAGAAUUAGUUGGAAGUUGAACCAUUUGUUGAUGAACAAGUUGUUCUAUUUUGAUUAGUAAAUGUAAUAUGAUUUUGGAUGCAUAAUUUCUGAAUGGCGAGAAGAAUGCACAAAC